AUGGCGAUAAAUCGAUACUCACUGGUCGCUGGAACUCAGGUGCAAUCUUGCAUUUUGCGAUACAGUCAACCGACACAUACAGUUAGUGUUUUAAUGAGUACUAUGAAGCAGGAAAGUGUUGUGGUAGGACGAAAGGAUGUUCCAGAAAAAAUUGGUUUUUUUACCAAGUUGAAAUACCGUUUCCAAGGAAUCCCACUGAAGGAUGAAUUGCAUGCCCCGAUAUCCUUUAUGAGGGAUAUCGGGAAACAGUAUAUUCCACCACCUUUGCCAGAGGUACCGAAAGACUUUAAAGAAUAUCCAGAGCGUGAUUUGGUGAAUUAUCCAUAUCCUGCGAAGCGUAUGUACCCACCAAAGUUGCGGCUUAUGAUCGUGCCAGACAAAUUUAUGAACGAUUUUCAUAAAUAUACGGGGACAUCCGGACCAUAUGUAUUCUUCGCUAUGUUUUAUGCAUUUCUGCAUACGAAAGGGCUAUUCGAGAUUGCUCACGAUAGAGUGAAGAUCUUAAUCCUUCUGUUCUACUAUUACAUAUUUUCCAGGGCUUUCAACUAUCGAUGGGAUAAAUAUUUUUAUGAAAAUUGUAAGGAAGUUGAAAAAAAGUACUUGGAUAUCAUCGACAACAACUUCAAGGCAAUUCGAGAAAUUCAAGAGACAUCGAAAGCAGAAAAAAGUGCUUAUGCAGCAGUGAAGGAAUACUAUCCAGCAAUCUUUAAAGAGAAUUUAGCCCUUCAACUGGAAUCAACUUAUCGGAAAAAUGUGGAAAAAUUGGCUACUGAAAUGAAGCGCCGUCUUGACUAUUUACAAGAAACGGAAACCGUGAAACAUAGUUUCGCUCGUGACCACAUGCUGAAGUGGAUCAUCAGUUCUAUCCAAUCGGAGAUAAUGGCAAAUAAAGAAAACAUUAAGGAAAAGUAUAUGGAUAUCUGUAUCGAACAACUCAAAGGGCUCUCUUUACAACGAUGA